UCGGUCAUCGCGCCAGGUCAGCACAUGCCCCCACAAAAUCCGAACCGCGCGGCCCCGCCACCCACUAGCUCCCUGCCACGUGGGCAUCCCUCAUUCCCGUCCCCACACGUCAUCCUCCCGACUCCUAUAUGUACCGCUCCGGAGUCCGGAGUCCGUAGCCGAGCCAGCCAGACACCGCCCCGGAACCCAACCCCGGCGAGCUCGUAUAUCAAGCGUCCGCCUCACUCCAGCGCCUCUUUUGGCUUCCUCUCACUCAUAUAACUCGUCCUCGUCUCCCCUCUUCUCGCACGUCACGGCGACUGCGGCGGUUUGCGGGAUGGAGGCGGCGGCGGCGGCGACGACGACGAAUAAGGCGCCGUCCAUGGCGGACCCGGAGGACGACUUCGACCUGUCGCGGCUGCUGAACCACCGCCCGCGGAUCAACGUGGAGCGGCAGCGCUCCUUCGACGACCGCUCGCUCGGCGACCUGUACCUCUCCGCCAUGGACGGGCGCAGCGGCGGCUACAUGGACAGCUACGACACCAUGUACUCCCCGGGCGGCGGGCUCCGGUCGCUCAGCGGCACCCCGGCCUCCUCCACGCGCCACUCCUUCGAGCCCUACCCGCUCGUCUUCGAGGCCUGGGAGGCCCUCCGCCGCUCCCUCGUCUGCUUCCGCGGCCAGCCCCUCGGCACCAUCGCCGCCGUCGACCACUCCGCCGGCGAAGUCCUAAACUACGACCAGGUGUUCGUGAGGGAUUUCGUGCCGAGCGCGCUGGCGUUCCUGAUGAACGGGGAGCCGGAGAUCGUGAAGAACUUCCUGCUCAAGACGCUGCUGCUGCAGGGGUGGGAGAAGCGGAUCGACCGGUUCAAGCUCGGGGAAGGCGCGAUGCCGGCGAGCUUCAAGGUGCUCAAGGACCCCAAGCGCGGCGUGGACACACUGUCCGCGGACUUCGGCGAGAGCGCCAUCGGCCGCGUGGCGCCGGCAGACUCCGGGUUCUGGUGGAUCAUCCUGCUCCGUGCCUACACCAAGUCCACCGGCGACCUCACCCUCGCCGAGACGCCCGAGUGCCAGAAAGGGAUCCGCCUCAUCAUGAACCAGUGCCUCGCCGAGGGGUUCGACACCUUCCCAACUCUCCUCUGCGCCGAUGGUUGCUGCAUGAUCGACCGCAGGAUGGGCGUGUACGGGUACCCGAUCGAGAUCCAAGCCCUGUUCUUCAUGGCGCUGCGGUGCGCGCUGCUGCUGCUCAAGCCCGAGGGGGAAGGGAACAAGGACACGGUGGAGCGGAUCGUGACGCGGCUGCACGCGCUGAGCUACCACAUGCGGGCCUACUUCUGGCUCGACUUCCAGCAGCUCAACGUCAUCUACCGCUUCAAGACGGAGGAGUACUCCCACACGGCCGUCAACAAGUUCAACGUCAUCCCGGAGUCCAUCCCGGACUGGCUCUUGGACUUCAUGCCCUCCAAGGGAGGAUACUUCGUCGGCAACGUCAGCCCCGCCAGGAUGGACUUCCGCUGGUUCGCGCUCGGGAACUGCGUCGCCAUCCUCGCAUCCCUCGCCACGCCCGACCAGGCCGCCGCCAUCAUGGACCUCAUCGAGGAGCGCUGGGAGGACCUCGUCGGCGAGAUGCCGCUCAAGAUCUGCUACCCCGCCAUCGAGGGCCACGAGUGGCAGUCCGUGACCGGCUGCGACCCCAAGAACACCCGAUGGAGCUACCACAAUGGAGGCUCCUGGCCAGUGCUCCUGUGGCUCCUGACGGCGGCCUGCAUCAAGACCGGGCGGCUGAAGAUCGCGAGGCGGGCGAUCGACCUGGCGGAGGCGAGGCUGGCCAAGGACAGUUGGCCGGAGUACUACGACGGCAAGCUCGGGCGUUACGUGGGGAAGCAGGCGAGGAAGCACCAGACGUGGUCCAUCGCGGGGUACCUGGUCGCCAAGAUGAUGCUGGAGGACCCGUCCCACCUGGGCAUGAUCUCCCUCGAGGAGGACAAAGCCAUGAAUCCCGUGCUCAAGAGGUCUGCAUCUUGGACGGUGUAACAAGAUAUCUGAUCAAUGCUGGUGGGCGACCAUGUGGGCAAAAAGAGCAUGUUCAUUUUUGGGUCUAGCAAUUCUGUUCUUCGCACCAUUGCUUUCCUAAUUUGGAAAGACAUGUUUUGGUUGUCUCCCUUGUAUGGAGUAGCAAAAAAGUAAGAGGGCAUCGAAGAAAUGGCUUUUCGGUUUUCAGUCUCAUGACUCAUGGUGAGAAGGAGGAUCCAAAUUGUCGAGUUGUUAUCAAGUGAUGUGUACCUAUAGUUUUUUUACAAUGAUCUGACUUUAUUUAUUCAA